AUGAGGCUCCUCUUGUUGUGCGCCUCGCUGGUGGCGAUCGGUGUCUGGGCGAAACACGUGGAUUUGCCCGCUCCGUACAACGAUUUCUGCAUCCUCAACAAUCACACGAAUCGCUACGAUCCGGGAGAUCAAUUCAAUGUGCCUUGGUUCACCAUUGACAUGGACGCCGAUCCAUCGACAAGAUGGGUUGAAGUGGCAACGAGAUACAAAGAGGAGAUCAACGAGUUGAUUACCACACUCGUUGACUUCAUCACCCCACUCUUCCCGAACGCGCUCGAAUUCGUCGAUGGAACUUUCGCUGAAACGAUCGAGAAGUUCCCCAAUCCAUACAGAGCCGAGUUGAUUUCAAUCUCCGAAGCGGCUGACGUUCCAAUCGGUCGAAUCGUUCUCUACAACAUCUUCUAUGAGAUUUUCACCGUUUGCACAUCGAUCGUCGGACAAGAUCCAUCGGGAAGCAUGUACCAUGCUAGAAACCUCGACUUCGGACUUUUCCUCGGCUGGAAUCCCAACGCGCACGAGUGGGAAAUCUCUCAGCAUCUCCGAAAAAUGAUCCUCAACGUGAACUGGAUGAGCCAGGGAAAAGUCGUCUUCAAGUCAAACCACUUCGCCGGUUACAUCGGUAUCUACAACGCGUUGAAGCCGGGCGCUUUCUCGCUCACCGCCAACGAGCGUUUCAUGGCCGAGGGAGGUUUGGUCGGAAUUCUCCGCUGGCUCCUUGAUGAGGACCCGAACGGCAAAUGGAUGACCAUGUUGGCCAGAGAGACAAUGAUUGUGUCAAACACUUACCAAGAGGCGAAGGAUCGUUUGAUGGACAUCCCAAUGCUUUCACCUGUCUAUUACAUCCUUGGUGGAGUGAAUCCAUGGGAAGGAGCGAUCAUCACUAGGUCGCUUGACAAGACCGAUCAGCUCAACGAGUUGGACCCGCACGAUGCAAAUGGAUGGUACCUCUUGCAAACCAACUACGAUCCGGACACUGAUCCACUCUACUUGGACGAUCGUCAAACCCCGGGAGACGCCUGCAUGCGCAAUUUGACCCAGAAAGCAGUCGGAUUUGAGGGUAUCUACAACGUGCUCUCCUCGAAGACCAACCUUAACAAGUUGACCACCUACACCGUGUUGAUGCAUGUUGCCACCGGUCGCUUCGAGACGAUAAUCCAGGGAUGUCCCGGUGAUUGCUGGCCCUUC